UUGGGAGUGUGCACAUUCCCCCUUGUCCCGCGUGUGUGCGGCUCUCGUGCCGAUAUUGAUGGCGCUGUGCUGAUGGAAGAGCCCAAGAGUUUGAACGGCAAAAGUGAACGGGAGCUUCGUCUCAGCGGACUCGAGUCGCGCGCUUGCUUCACUUUUUUUUUCUCUGCCUCUCUUUCUCUCUCUCUCUCUUGUCUCUCUCUCUCUCUCCCCCUCUCUCAGGUCGAAACUAACCGCGACACAAGUGGCAGCUUUUGCAACAGGGGGUUUUUAAGGAUAUUACAAUCUUCCUAAGCAUGCCGAGCCCUGCUCGCUGCUCGUAAAUCCGCCUCAGUUGUGCUCCGCACCGCCACAUGCCUCACGGCGGAUGAAAGCGCGCGGCACGGCGCGGUGCUACAAGAGACAGCGGACAAUGAAUCAAACGCGAGUUUUGUAACGCAUCCGGACGACUUUUCCUAUCGUUUGUUUUCUAUUCAGAAGACCGCAAGACGAAACAAUCGCUCCCCUCGGCGCUUCAUCACCACAGUUUCACUCAUGGCUCUGUGAAAUCUCCGCGUACUGUACUUCCUCCAGCCACCCGUCGUCGGGACUUUUCUCUAAGGCUGCACUUGAUGAUAAUGCCGAGAGUUUGGAUAUACGGCUUUAACAGUACAGUACAGUAGAUGUGUGUAACUCGAGGCGGGGUUAAAGUUCAGCUCUAUGGAGCGCUGAAGCGUCGCGCGCACUUCGCAGAGUUGGAAAUGUGAAAGCAAGAAGCGAGGCUUUAUUUUCCCUCUCUCCCUUCUUCUCUGUCUCUCUUUUUUUUCUCUUUUCAUACACACAUAUACAUACACACCCCAUACAUUCACACAUACACACCCUCACGCACACACACACAACAUCGUCAAUUCAAGAGUUAAAACCGACAGAUAUGUAUUCUCCGCUAUGCCUAACACAGGAUGAAUUCCAUCCUUUCAUUGAAGCACUGCUGCCCCAUGUGAGAGCGUUUGCCUACACUUGGUUCAACUUGCAGGCCCGCAAGAGAAAAUACUUUAAGAAGCACGAGAAGCGCAUGUCUAAGGAAGAGGAGCGCGCCGUAAAGGACGAGCUGCUCAGCGAGAAGCCGGAGGUCAAGCAGAAGUGGGCAUCGCGGCUGCUGGCCAAACUCCGCAAGGACAUCCGGCCGGAGUUCCGCGAGGAUUUUGUGCUCACUGUCACCGGGAAGAAGCCCCCUUGCUGUGUGCUCUCCAACCCCGACCAGAAGGGCAAGAUGAGGAGAAUCGACUGCCUGCGUCAGGCGGACAAAGUGUGGCGCUUGGACCUGGUCAUGGUGAUUUUAUUCAAAGGUAUUCCGCUUGAAAGUACUGACGGCGAAAGGCUGGUUAAGUCUCCGCAGUGCUCGAAUCCGGGACUGUGCGUGCAGCCGCAUCACAUAGGAGUUUCCGUAAAGGAGCUCGACCUGUACUUGGCCUACUUCGUGCAUGCAGAAGCAGGGCAGUCUGAUAGUCCGAACCAGCCCAGUGAAGGCGACAUCAAGGACCAGCCAGAAAAUGGGCACCUUGGCUUCCAGGACAGUUUCGUCACAUCAGGUGUCUUCACCGUCUCUGAGCUUGUGCGAGUCUCACAGACCCCCAUCGCGGCAGGGACAGGGCCCAACUUUUCGUUGGCAGACUUGGACAGCUCUUCCUACUACAGUAUGAGCCCUGGGGCCAUGAGGCGCCCCCUACCCAGCACUUCUUCAAGCAGUUCUGCAAAGCGUAUCAAAUGCAUGGAGGAUGAGGUGGACAGCCCGGGAGAGGAGUCCUACUACCCAGGUCAGGGACGCUCGCCUGGAAGCGGCAGCCAAGCCAGCAGCUGGCAUGAAGUAGAGCCAGCUGGAUAUAAACUGCGUGGCUCGCUAGCUAGUUCGUUCAUCUCAAGACAAGGGAUGCCAUCGCCUACCACAUUAAAGAAGUCAGAGAAGUCUGGUUUCAGCAGCCCUGUGCCUUCGCAGAUCGCUUCCCCUCGAACGGCAUUCACACACCAUCAUCGACCUGUCAUUACAGGACCCAGAGCGAGUCCUCACGCCACGCCGUCAAGUCUUCAUUUCCCGACGUCGCCAAUCAUCCAGCAGCCUGGCUCGUACUUCUCCCACCACGCCAUCCGCUACCACCCCCAGGAGACGCUCAAGGAGUUUGUCCAACUUGUCUGCCCUGACAGUGGUCAGCAAGCUGGACAGGUGGGCUUCCUUAAUCCCAACGGGAGCAGUCAAGGGAAGGUGCACAACCCGUUCCUGCCCACCCCCAUGUUGCCUCCUCCUCCGCCUCCCCCGAUGGCGCGACCCGUGCCCCUGCCCGUGCCAGACUCCAAACCUCCCUCCACCUCCACCGAGGGAGGCGGCAACUCCCCCACCUCGCCAACCUACUCCACACCGAGCACGUCUCCCGCUCAGCGCUUUGUCAGCGUGGGCCCCAGAGACCCCAGCUUUGUAAAUAUCCCUCAGCAGCCUCAGCUGCGUUCGUUCUGGUUCUGAAAGGCCGGCCGUGUUGCAAACUGGUACCUGGGCUAAAGACUCCCGACACGGACCGGCCGCUCCCGAGGUCACACGACCACCCCCUCUGUCUCCCCUGAGUACGACCCGCAAACAUGUACACCAGUCUGAACAGAGAGAAGCCACUUGCUGCCCCAGUACCGGACAGACCCACAGCAUGGCUCCAGCAGAACCCCGCCAAGCCCUGGAACAAGAGGAACCGACUCAACGCGCUUACACCCACUUACUAUAUAUCUAUAUAGUCCAUAUGUAUUCUUCCAUAUGUAUGGUUUACAUGCCUAUAUUCAUAUAUAGUAGCUGUCCAGCUCUUCUGAGGGUGGAGCUCAAAAAAAAAAAAAAAAUGAAGAGCUUUGUUUUCUCGGAAACGUGCACGUUUUUUUUUCCCCUUUAGUUUGGUUUUGUUGUGUUUUUUGUUCACCCUCACAGAUAGACGAGGAAAACGUAACAUGACGCACUCAAAGAGCUUCCCGCUUCUGUGCCUGUGGUCUUAAAGUGAAUUUCUAAGGCUUUUCCAACGCAGCCUAUGGCCAAGGGUCGCAAACCCACAACCACCCGGAGGUCGGAGCUCUGCCUUUCAAUAACUCGUGUUUUGAUGGAUCAAUCCGGUUUUCGUAUCGGUGAACGUUGGAGGUUUUGCCUGGGUCAGAUAUGCCACCAGCUAAAAACCUCUAUUGCGUCUGCUGGCCAGGACCAUUUCCUCCCCUUUCCACCAUCAUCACCACCACCACCAUCAAUACCAUGUCAGAUCAAGAACUUUCAAGGACUCAACCAAACCCAUUGUUUUCAGUUGUUUUUUGUCAUUUUGGGGCAGGCGAUGAAGAAGUCAUGAACGGUGAUGUUUGAUACCAGGUCAUUUUACGGUAUGCUAAUGGGAGAUCUCCCUCCCCAUUUGGAGGCAUGUUUAUAUUUUGUGUUUUUCGUACAAAAAUCUUUGCGAUUCUUUCUACUAAACCCCAGCGGAAGGUCUGUCGCACGCCAAGGGCCAAGUGAAGUUUCGAUCUUCCAUAAACUUCAAGAAAAGGUUAACCGUGAAUACUGAAUUGAGGAAAGUGCAAUUUUGUUGGGUAGAUGUUGGAUUGUUAAAUAUCUUUGUAAGAUAGAUCGUUGAAGCGAUUGUUGAAAAGUAUAUAUAUAAAUAUAUAUAUAUUUUUCUUCCUAGUCCAUUCACACCUCCAGGACUCUAAAAUAUCGGGGUACAAAAAAAGAAAAAAAAAAACACGUAAAAAUAGAACAAAUAGCCUUGUGAGAAAUAAGGGGAUCUGUAAUUGAUUUUUCUGUUGUUGUUUUUUAUGUGUUUGUUUGUUUGUUCAUCAAUUGUUAGCAUUGUAGAACAAAUAUCCCUUUAAGAAAUAUCAACAUUUAAACAAUCAAUUUAGUACAUUUCCGAAAUGCUAAAGCAAAUGUUUUAAUUUAACCGAACACAUAAUGAAAUAUGUAAGAGAAUUAGCCGUUUGUGAAAUCAUGAAUGAAAAAAAGUUAACGCGAGAGGCGAAAUACUGAACUAACUUCCUCGUGAACACUUUUGAAAGUGUCGCGCAAAAAUGUGAAGAUCCAGCUUCCCUUGCAUGCAAUUAUUUUUUGUAUUUUGAGUUUUUAUUCGUUUUCUGUACGAAACACACACACACAUAUAUAUAUAUAUAUAUAUAUAUAUAUAUAUAUAUACACACACUUACAGUCUCAUCCACCUUCAUCAAAGCUCAGUAAAGUUUUUUAAAAGAUGUAAGAAAAUAAUCUGCAUGUUCUAGUGUUAGUGACAAAUUUUUACAUAGAUUACGUAGAGUUAAAGUAGUGUGAAAAAUAUUGUAAUCCCAACAUCAGGCACUUGCCGAUCAAGUAUUUGUUUGGUCCUUUAAAAAGAGGGUAUUUUUACUGCUGUUCUCACAAUCAACCAGCUAAACAUCUCUCUGACUCUUCUUAGCUUGUCGUCAUUUCUAUAAAGUCUCCCUUCCUCCUUUAUUCUCGUCAGAACAAUCACUUUCAUACGUACGCACUUCAUCGUCCCUUUCCCAACUGCACGAACGAUUCCACAUCAAUGUGCCUUGAGCGAUGGUCUAGUUCUGAGUUAUUGCACAAGCUGCAAUGUGGAGACAAUUUUAUUCCCGUUUCACCCCACCUCCCACAUGUGGUCAUUCGGAGAGAGUGAAAUUAGUGCUAAUUGAUAAUACACUGUAUUACUCUCCAUUUAACUACAUAUCGCUACUUUCGGCCGUCCGUUGCUUCGAAAAUCCCAUCGUUCACACUUCAGUCAGUUGAAAGUCAAUCAUUUGCCCAAGAAAAUGCGUAACACGAAGGUUGUAGUGUCAUCAUGCCCUGUUUUCUCUGAUUUAACAAUAGUGUAUUGAUAUUUAUGAAUGUUGCUGCAAUUUCUAAAUGACGACUACUUUUUUUUUUUUCGGUCUUCCUGUAUUUUUUUCGUUCCAAGAGAUGGAUAAUGAGGAAAAGAUUAAUAUGCAAUACUUGCUUGUACUCAUGUAGUCAAUUUUUUUUUUUUCACCAAAGUGAGCACUUGACAGGUCAAGCGGCUGAACUUCAGUGUGUUUUUUUUAUGCCCAUGACACGAGAAAACGCCAUUGAUCAGCCACACUUGGGUUUCACACAAACAAUCAUCAUUGUUUUCGCAUACUUUGUGUUUUAUCGAUCAAUCAAUCAAGCCUUAAAAACGAAGAAACUUCCUUUCCAUCACAAACACUCAAAAUCGAACACGUCCAGGACAAAAAAUUAUGCCCAGUUUUUGUACAUUUUGAAAAGUUCCAUGUUAUAUUAAUUGUUUACCUGUUUAUUUUCUAUUGCAUAUAUCAUUUAAGAAAAAACAAAUCUAAUUAUGGGGACAAAUUUCCCAGACAUAUGAUGUGAUGGUUUAGUAGUUACACUUGUGUGGGGUUUGUUUUUUUUAGCGUGAUUUUUUUUUGUCAUUGUUCUUGCCUACCCUUUAGAAAUGAGUUGGGCAUUACUUUCUUAAUUGUCUGCACUAAAUAUAAAAUAAUGACAAUUGUGAUAAUUGAAAAAAAAAAAAAAGAAAAAAAAAUAGCUUCCAGGGCUUAAAAGAGCGAAGGGAAACACGAUUGCACGGAUUUUUUUGUUUUUUUUUAUGUCACAAAAACCUUGUUUCGAGCAGCCUGGCAUCUAAUCAGUGAGAUUGGCUGUAUGUGUAAGAUAAUGACAAAAUUGCACCCUUUUUAAAGAAAGAAAAAAAAAGAAAAAGAAUUACAAGCAAUAGUUUGGGCAGUCUGUUUUGUUCUCGUGUUGUGUGUAUGUAAUUUAGUUUUUUGGUACAAUGUUGGAGAAGACGCGGGAGAAGCGAACAAACCGAAUGGAUUAGAUACGAGAGUUAGUGCGGACGCACCUGAGUAUGGGAGAUUUGAUGUUUGUAUAUUGUAUAGUUUUAUUAAUUACACUGAUUUUAAAGCUGCCCUAUUUUAUAAUGCAGGACUUUUGUAACAUUGAUUAAAUGAGGAAAAACUAGUGUUGUGAAUCUUCUGAUUGUUUGUAUUAAGGCCACAUAAAUAGAACUGGUUUUGUUUGUCCUCUGGGGAACUGGAUUUAAGUUGAAAACGUCCUGUUUCCUGUUUUUCUUCUUUUUUUUUUGCUUUUUGCUUUCCUUUUUGUAUGUAUUUAAGGACUUAUUUCUUCUUUCGAUGGUAUAGAAGUACUCCUAUACUUGAAAAGUGUAGGAUGCCGAGGUGAAAACCCCAUUGUAAAUGGAUGUUACAAGUAUGCUGUAUGUUUUGAAGGUUAUUUGUUGCAUCAGUGUUGAUGAAGCUAAAUCUAGAUAAUUCUGAGGAUGUUGGUAAGAAGAGAGCGUUUUUAUGCAUUUUAAAUUUAGUUUUAGGCAGAAGACAAUGACAUAGACGGCCAAAGGAUGCCCCUAUUAUAAAUGCAUCUAGGCAUCUUUUUGUGUUCACCAUUCCAUGCAGGAAAAUAAACCGCUUGAUAUGCAACAUGA